AUGGCGAUUAGAGAUCAUGAUACGUCUUUGUGGCUUCAUAAUAAAUUAGGAACUUCAAAUGAUUCUUGGAUAAGCGGGUCUAUUGUUUCACAACUUAAUAAGGAAGUUUUAAGAAACAUAAAGGAAUGUUUUCCAGAUCUCCAAACCCAAGUUAAAUUAAAGUUAUUGUUAAGUUUUUUUCACAUCCCGCGACGUCUUGUUGAAGAGUGGAAAACAGAGUUAGAGGAAAUUAUAGAAGUAGCUGGUUUAGAUUCUGAAUUAUGGGUAUCAAUGCUAUCCGAAACUAUGAAGACUUUCGCUGCUACGGGGUCUUUAAAUACAGAGAUAUCGGAUUACGAAGAAACAAGACCUAUUUUUACAGAUAUGGUCAACGAAUUAAGAAAAUUAGUUAGUAAACAUAGUGAUUUAGGAAUGUUGCCACUUGAAUGUCAAUAUCUCAAUAAAAAUGCCUUAAUUUCGGUGGUUGGUCAGCAACAAAAUCCUGUUAAACAUUUCACAUUAAAGCGGAAGCCCAAAAGUGUAAAUUUACGAACAGAGCUUUUACAAAAGUCUGCUGAUGCUCAAUCGAGUUUAAAAAAGGCUUCAGCUCCUACAAUACCACUUAGAUCACGAGGAAUGCCAAGGAAAAUGACUGACACAACUCCUCUUAAAGGCAUUCCAUCAAGAGUACCAACAACUGGAUUCCGUUCUCCUACAAGUACUGCAAAUCAACACAGGCCAAACAUGAGUAGAACUCCAGCUGGAAGAAAAGACGGUGGCAUCAAGGUGAUUGAUAUAACAGAACAACCAUUAGGUUAUGCUGCACAGAAAAAAAGAAAACGUCAAUUGGAAUUGGAAGAACAACAAAAGAAAGCGGCUGAACAAAAGCAAGCUGCUGCAGCGGUUGCAUCUGCAGCGAGCGAGCUAUCUCCAGCAGCAUCAGCUGUUGUAACUCCAACAACUCCUACCUCAUCGACUCCAGAUUACGCAGCAGGUUUAGCUUCCACAUCGAUAUAUGCGCAGCCUCCGACUCCUGCUGUUACAACAACAAUUAUUAAAGAAGAACCAAUAGAUAAAAAACCACUUAUUAUUGUUUCCAGCCAAAAUAAUAUUCCCAUUUUAUCUACAACUCAACUUAAUAGUUCUCCACAACAGCAAAUUCAAACGACGAACACAACAACAGCUGUAACUGUAAAUACAAACAAACGGAAGUUUAAGGAAGAAGAAAUAAUAAUAAAAACUGAACCUGAACAACAAGUAAUGACAAACGAUAGCAUUAUAAAAAUAGAAAAGAUUGAAAAAAUUGAGCCGAAAAUUGAGGUGCCAGCAAUAAAGUCACCACCGCAAGUUAUGAGAACUCUUAAUAACAUUGUUACUAUACCUAAUAAUAUAUCUGUUAAAAUAACGCAGUCCCCUUCAAAUAAGGCUGUUAAUAAUAAUAAUUCAGUUAAGGUUACACAACCCUCCCAAGUGCGGAAGCAAACAAUAGUAUCAAGCACUGCGGCUCAAACUCAAACUACACCACAAACAAGAACUAUUCCUCUAUCUCAGCUUCCAAAGCCUGGCGGAGCUCCUUUAAUAAUUUCACAAACUAUCAUUAAACCCAGGGCGCCGGCAUCGACACAGCAGCAGCCGCAACAACAAACAUUGCAACAGUCGACGCAACAGAUACAACAACCACAGCAAACACAACAAAUUUUAAGAAAUUCAAGCGGUCAACAAAUUAUAGUAUCUUCAAAUCAACCGCUACAAACUCAACAAAUAACAUUAGGAGGAAGUCAAGCACAGCCUCCACAACAACAGCAAACGCAAUAUAUAUUAACUUCCACAACAACAACGAUGCCUUCGUUAACAUCAUUCGCGCAGGCGCGUCCUUCUCAUACAAUAAUCCAAACACCAGCCUUACAGGCAAGUGGCGCCUCCCAACCUACCAAAAUUUUGUUGAAAACUGCGCCUACGCUACCAACAGUUAUGAUGACUUCCACAUCUAGAUCAAAUAAUGUGCAGUCGCAACCGCCACCAUUAAUAUCGACACAACAACCUACUAUAUUAAAUAUUCAGAAUGUAAAUUUACCUAAUCGAGCAGUAACUAUACAACCAGCAAGUCAAGCUGCACAAGUUCAGCACAUUCAAGCUCAAUUACAAGCCCAACAACAACAGCAACAACAACAACAAGCGCAGCAAGUGCAAAUACAGCAAACACAACCUAUUCAGACUCAUACUGUUGUUUCAAAUACUAAUGCUACACAGCAGCCUAAAUUCACCAUAAUGUCUUCAAAAAAUAUCAACUCACCUGGGAAAACCAUUUAUUUAGCUCAAAAAGGUGUUAUAUUAAGAAAUAUAGGUGGAGAUAUGUAUCAACAUAUUCCGAUUAGUAGUGUAUCUGGCCUUAAUAAUUUAAGUGGCGCCACCCUUGUGACAACUAAUACAGGUGGCCCUCCUGGACUUGUAAAAACGACAAAUACCAUUCAACAACCUGCCAAGCAAGCAACUCAAAUACCUGCCUUAAUACCGACAAACAAUCUAACCCAGAGUACGGUUCCGGUUGUAAUAGCCUCACAACAACCCCAGCCUCAACAAACACAGACGGUUCAAACGAUAAUAGGAAAUCCUCCUCAACAAACCAUUAUAAGACCUGUUCUAUCAAAUGUUCAAGGUAAUAUCACAACUCUUCCGCAGGGCAUUACUUUAAUUCAAAGACCAGGACAACAACCUCAAUUAGUUCAGGUUCAGCAAACAAACCAACAGCAGCCUCAAACACAACAAAUUCAAAGGAUCAUAACAACGACACAGCCUCAACAAACACAGCAAGCUAUUAAUAGACCCCAACAAAUUAUAUUUCAACAAAGACCGCAAACGAUUAUAUCUACUCAACCGCAACAACAGACUCAACAACAACCUCAGCAAAGGCAAGUUCAAGUUCAACGCCAACAACCAACCCAAAUUGUUCAACAACAGGUUCAAGUUCAACAACAACCAGUUCGAAGAGGCCUUGCUUUAUCGAAUGAACACGUUACCAAAGCCCAUGAAAUGUUUAGAAAGGCGAAUAAAGUUUCUAGACCCGAUAAAGCUCUUAUACUUGGUUUUAUGGCUGGUAUGAGGGAUAAUCCUAGACCUAAUGCAGAAAACGUUAUUGUUAUCAAAUUAGGAGAAACAGAGGAAAAAGUUAGUCAAGAUGAUGGAACAUCAGCAUCAUGUUUAGUAGAAUCAUUAAUUCGUUUAGAUUAUAAUACUGGCGAAUGGAAAACAUUCCAAAACUAUCGGCGAUUAGAUCAAAACCAACAAGAUAAUAAGAUGCAACAAUCUCAAGCAAAUUCAGUUAUAAUCUAGGUCUUGUAUUUAGUUAUUUUUUUAUUAAAAGAAUUAAUUGUAUUAAAAAAUUUGUUAAAAUUUAUAAUAUGAAAAAUUAUUUUUAGUUAUUAUUUUUAGCAUAAUAGUAAAUGUGUGCGUGACAAACAAAUUAAUAGGAUAUAAAAAUGAAAAAAAAAAAAAACAAAUCAUUAAUUUUGUUAUAAAUUCUGAAAUAAGCCAAAAUACUAGAAUUAAAGUUUGUAAUUUGCACUUUAAUAUUGCGUAAAAUGAAUUAAAUAUAAGUCAA